AUGUCCACAUCAGCGACGGGCAGUCCUUGUGCCUCAGACGAAUACCUAGAGAGAGGUUGUAAGUGCAAUAGCAGUUACUAUGCUCACCCAGAGUUGAAUGACCUGACUGUGGCCCUGUCCUGCCAGCCCUGGGAGAUGAAAGUGUCCCUGAGCCAAUGCCUCCUGGAGACACUUGGCUGGGUCCAAGGAGAUGCCAUCUUUCCCGGAUGUUCUGGCAUCAGUGAAAUUGUCCAAGGUCGGAGAGCCAUCACCUUCCUGAUGAAGAAAAAGGAGGGCACAUGUGGACUUAAGCUUUCUACCAAUACAAGCCAUGCCCUGUACUCUCUGAAAACACAGCUCCCUCCAGCCUUUUUUGGUUCUGUUGCCCCCACUGGGUCUACUGCUAUCAACUUCGCCUGUGCCUACCCAUUGGUAGUAAAUGUGAGCCAAAAGGAACCCUUCAAAGUGGCCACCUCCCUACAUGCCAAGAUCCAUGUCCCAGGCACGGGGGACUCCAUCAUCACUUUGUCCAUUUUCACUGAUGCUCAGUACUCUUCCCUGCUUGUUGACCAGCCUGUGGCCCUCCAUGCACCAUUAUAUGUGGUCCUAGAAGCCACCAACGCUGACCCAGAGCGGUUUGUUCUCGUGGCCAAUGCUUUCUUUGCCAGCACCAAUGCUUCUGGGACUUCAGCCCCUGAGACCACCUACUACUUUGUGAAACAUAGCUGCCCAGUCAGUGAGAGGUUGCUCACAAAGCUGAGUGCAAAUGGGGUCUCUUUGAAAGUGAAGCUGGCCUUCCGUCUGUUCCGUUUCUUCACCAGUGACGUCUUGUACUUCCACAGCCAUAUGACACUGUGUGACAAGAAGGGGAACAGUUCCUGCCAACCUGUGAGCUGA